CCUUGUCCUCCUCGUUUGUAGCAUCCCUUGAAUGCUCAGCUAGUCUCCCGAGUUGAACCAGCUCUUCAAAAAAAGACCCGUGUUUUGUCAUUCACCAAGCGGUCUCCGUUAUCUCAGCCAUGGCUAGCUACCAUAAACCCGACGAGAAGACUUUGCAGGGUCUGAAAGACAUCGCUAACAAGCUGCGGAUCAACUCCGUCAAGGCAACGUGCGCCUCCAACUCCGGUCACCCCACCACAUGUUGCAGUGCAGCAGAGCUCAUGUCCGUGCUGUUCUUCCACACCAUGCGUUACAAAGCUGCUGACCCACGCAACCAGUGCAACGACCGCUUCGUACUCUCUAAGGGUCAUGCUGCACCAAUCCUGUACGCUGCCUGGGCGGAGGCGGGCUUUGUGAAGGAGGCCGACCUGAUCAACCUGAGGAAGCUCGACUCUGACCUGGAGGGUCACCCCACACCUAAACUGGAGUUUGUUGACGUGGCAACUGGGUCUCUGGGACAGGGGCUUGGGGCUGCCUGCGGGAUGGCCUACACUGGGAAACACUUCGACAAGUCCAGUUACCGUGUGUACUGCAUGAUGGGUGAUGGGGAGUGUUCAGAGGGGGCUGUCUGGGAAGCCAUGGCGUUUGGUUCCCACUACAACCUGGACAACCUGGUGGCUGUUAUCGACGUUAACCGCCUGGGACAGAGUGAAGCUGCUCCUCUCAAACACGACAUGGACGUCUACGCUGCACUGUGUAGGUGGAACACACAUGUGGUGGAUGGUCAUGACGUUGAGGAGCUGUGUAAAGCUCUGUGGCAGGCCCAGCAGGUGAAGGGGAAACCCACUAUGAUCCUGGCCAAGACCUUCAAGGGCAGAGGACUCAAAGGCAUUGAGGAUAUGGAGAACUGGCAUGGGAAGCCCAUGCCUAAAGACCGGGCCGAGGAGGCCAUUAAAGACUUGACUGCUCAGAUUCAGAACCCCAACAACACCAUCUGCCCCGAGCUACCUAAAGAAGAUACCGCCCCCGCUGACCUCUCACCGAUCAGCCUGCCCUCCCCGCCCAACUACAAGAUUGGGGAUAAGGUGGCUACUCGUAAGGCGUAUGGCGUGGCCUUGGCUAAACUGGGUCAGUCCAGUCCGAGGGUGGUGGCUCUGGACGCUGACAUGAAGAACUCUACCUUCUCUGAGAUGUUCCACAAGGCCUACCCUGAGCGCUUCAUAGAGUGCUUCAUCGCUGAGCAGAACAUGGUGAGCGUGGCGAUUGGCUGUGCCACGAGAGACCGCACAGUGGCGUUUGCCAGCACCUUCGCUGCCUUCCUGUCCAGGGCCUACGACCACAUCAGAAUGGCCGCCGUCUCCGAGUCUAACAUCAACUUGGCUGGGUCUCACUGCGGCGUCUCAAUCGGUGAGGAUGGCCCCUCCCAGAUGGCGUUGGAGGACAUUGCUAUGUUCCGCGCUAUCCCAACAUGCACUCUGUUCUACCCCAGCGAUGGCGUGUCUGCUGAGAGGUCUGUAGAGCUGGCUGCUAACACCAAGGGAAUCUGUUUCAUCCGCAUCACCAGACCAGAACUGAAGGUGAUCUACGACCCCGACGAGAAGUUUGAGGUGGGCGUGGCCAAGGUGGUACGUCAGUCCGACAGCGACAAGGUGACCGUGAUUGGAGCUGGAGUGACUCUGCAUGAAGCUCUGACUGCUGCUGACCAGCUGGCCAGCGAGGGAGUGAACAUCCGUGUGAUUGACCCGUUCACCAUCAAGCCCCUGGAUGCCGCCACCAUCGUGGCGAGCGCACGCGCCACCGGAGGGAGAAUCAUCACCGUGGAGGACCACUACAGAGAGGGGGGUCUGGGGGAGGCGGUGCUCUCUGCAGUAGGGGAGGAGCCUGGCGUCGUCGUGACACGGCUAGCGGUGAACCGUAUACCCCGGAGUGGAAAACCUCAGGAGUUACUCGACCUGUACGGCAUCAGCGCCAAACACAUCGUCCACACCGUGCGCCAGACCUUCGCCAACUGAGACGAUCGUCUCAUCGUUUGUCUCCCGAAUGGCACCCUAUUCCCUAUGUAGUGCACUACUACUGACCCCGUUUCCUAUUGGGCUAGUGCACUAGGUUGGGAAUAGGGUGUCAUUUGGGACAUCUCUUUCCCUCAAGUCUGUACACUUUUACCAACUUCAUCUUCUCCUUCUGCAGUCUGAGGGGGAAGAGGGUUUAAAAAACAACAACUUCUCUCCUCCCAUCUACCACUAGUGUUAAACAGGGCUCUCCAGCGCCCCUUGUGGCUGUGCUGUGCGGUGUAGCGUUACAGCAGCAGAGCCGAUAGGCUAGCUCUCAGCGGAGAGGGAGGGGUCUGAGUGAUGACCAUCCCAGAAGGGUAAUAUGCAGUAAUGUUUCUAGAUAACUCUUUACACACCUUAAUGCAGCCUCGUUCUAAUGAAUCCUCUUUCCUUUCUGCUAAACUGUAAUUGAGCAUUAAGGCCUGGGGGGGUGUAUAUGACCAGUAUACCACGGCUCAGUGCUGUUCUUAGGCACAACGUAACGCAGAGUAUACAGCCCUUAUCUGUGGUAUAUUGGCCAUAUAUCACCCCCCCCCGCCCAGGUGCCUUAUUGCUGUUAUAAACUGCUGUUAUAAAUAUAACCGUAAAAUACAUAUACGGUCUGAUACCAGGGCUUUCAGGACUCGACCACCCGGUUUCUAAUCCUCCUUUCUCUAAGUGAUGUUUAAGCAUGGUGACUGUCGGGGUUCGUCCCGUUCACUAUCUAGGGAACCGGGUGCCAUCUGAGACCAUCCUGGGUAUAGAACGAGGUUUGUUUUGAGUUUGUCUCUGCACGGCCAGGCGACGCUGAACUAUCAGUCGCUGUCUGUUAUUGUUUUUCAAAUGAAGAUAAAUGUAGAUUUCUUUUCAGAUCUUUGUUUCUUAGUUGGUCUCUUUUCAUUCCAGCUGUUAACAAUGUCAUCUUUUCAUCUCUUUCCACAUUCCGGUGUGUUUUCAUGGUUCCACAUUCCGGUGUGUUGUCAUGGUUCCACAUUCCGGUGUGUUGUCAUGGUUCCACAUUCCGGUGUGUUGUCAUGGUUCCACAUUCCGGUGUGUUUUCAUGGUUCCACAUUCCGGUGUGUUGUCAUGGUUCCACAUUCCGGUGUGUUGUCAUGGUUCCACAUUCCGGUGUGUCGUCAUGGUUCCACCUGCUUGGUCAUGAACCUCUCCAUAGCGCUGUUAGACACCAUGCCAGCUGGACAGUUCCUGAUUAACGUCUGCUUGUUGCUGGUCAUAGCCUUAAUUAGCAGUGAAACUGAUGCAGGGAAUUUACAUUCAAUGGUCUUGAGUUGUAUUAAACUUAAAUGACUUGUUGUAACACUGUUAUAUGAACUAAUGUGUUCUUCUAGUAGGCUGAUUGUGGUGAGUGUCUGUCUCGUGUUGCUUUCUGGGUAUGAUCUGACCCUAGUAUCUCCACACAGUCAUGUCUGUUGCCAGUCAACGGUUGGUUUGCAUUGCCAUGGUAAUGCUGAAAUAAUAAACUACAACUUGACCCAA